AUGUCCUUCCCCUGCCUCGACGCCGUCGAGAGCAGAUCCGCAACCCUCGAGGCCCGCACCUCCUCGAGUGGCCCCGAGCCAACAUACACCGUCGGCGAGACCUUAAAAUACCACUGCGACCAGCCCCUCCUCCUCGACUGGGGCGGCGUCCUACCCGAGUUUGAUAUAGCAUACGAGGCAUGGGGAACCAUGAACAAGGACAAAUCCAACGUCGUUUUGCUGCACACAGGCUUGUCUGCGUCGUCUCACGCGCACUCGACCGAACUGAACCCCCAGCCUGGAUGGUGGGAGAAGUUCAUAGGGCCCGGGAAAGCCCUGGACACCGACAAGUACUUUGUGAUCUGCACCAACGUGCUGGGAGGCUGCUACGGCUCCACGGGACCCAGCAGCAUAGAUCCUGCCGACGGUCAGAACUAUGCCACGCGCUUCCCCAUCUUGACCAUUGAAGACAUGGUCAGGGCCCAGUUCAGGCUGCUGGAUGGCUUGGGCGUCGAGAAGCUGCAUGCCAGUGUCGGCUCGAGCAUGGGUGGCAUGCAGUCCCUUGCAGCCGGCGUGCUGUUCCCGGACCGGGUCAGCAGGAUUGUCUCAAUCAGCGGGUGUGCCCGAAGCCACCCAUACAGCAUAGCCAUGCGUCACACCCAGCGACAGGUGCUCAUGAUGGACCCCAAUUGGAACAGGGGCUUCUACUACGGCAAGGUGCCCCCGCACCACGGCAUGAAGCUCGCGCGAGAGAUCGCAACAGUCACGUACCGGUCGGGCCCCGAGUGGGAGCAGCGGUUCGGCCGGAGGAGGGCAGACCCGAGCAAGCCGCCGGCCCUGUGCCCGGACUUCCUGAUCGAGACGUACUUGGACCACGCCGGCGAGAAGUUCAACCUGACUUACGACGCCAACAGCCUCCUAUACGUGAGCAAGGCCAUGGACCUAUUCGACCUGGGCCGCGAAAACAGGGCGCGCACCAUCGCCCGGCGGGCCGAGAGGGAGAACGAAUUCGCGUCCGGCGCCUCGUCAGGGUUCGAGGCUAGCUGCAGCCUGACGCUGCCGGACCAGGCCUACGAGGAACAGCCCGGGACGAGCGAGGGAACCGUCGACAUUCGGGAGGCGAUGAGUGCGAAGCCGCCCGCGGACCUGGUAUCUGGCCUUGCGUCGUUGAGAGAUCACCCGACGCUCGUCAUGGGUGUUGCUAGCGACAUCUUGUUCCCUGCGUGGCAGCAGAGGGAGAUUGCCGAGACGCUGAGGUAUGCUGGCAACAGGAAGGUGACACAUGUGGAGCUGAGCGAGGAGCAAAGCCUGUUUGGUCAUGAUACGUUCUUGUUGGACCUUCAAAAUAUUGGUGGGAAUCUGAAGAAUUUCUUGGGUUAA